GAGCCGCCGCCGUCGCCGCCGUCGCCGCCGCCGCCGUCGCCUUCGCCGCUCUGCCGCCGCCACCACCGCUACCGAGGCCGUGCGGAGCCGUUAUCGCCGCGCCGCCCGUCCCGGAGCAGAGCCCCGGGCCUUCCCGCCCGUGUUCAGAUUGCAAUAAAAGAGGAACAGGGAGGCUGUCCAGGAUCGGCAGAUGACCAACAGCCAAAGAAAAGAAAGGUACCAAGAAGCUGCCAGGCCUGAGUGUACCAGUUAAACCAGACCAGGAGGAUUUUUAAAUAAUACAAUGUCUAAUGGUUAUGAAGACCACAUGGCCGAAGACUGCAGGGAUGACAUUGGGAGAACGAAUUUAAUUGUCAACUACCUCCCUCAGAAUAUGACCCAAGAGGAACUACGAAGUCUGUUCAGCAGCAUUGGCGAGGUUGAAUCUGCAAAACUUAUUCGGGAUAAAGUAGCAGGACACAGCUUGGGUUACGGUUUUGUGAACUAUGUGACUGCAAAGGAUGCAGAGAGAGCAAUCAGCACGCUGAACGGCUUGAGACUCCAGUCCAAAACCAUUAAGGUAUCAUAUGCGCGCCCAAGCUCAGAGGUCAUCAAAGAUGCCAACUUGUACAUCAGCGGGCUCCCGAGGACCAUGACUCAGAAGGAUGUGGAGGACAUGUUCUCUCGGUUUGGGCGAAUCAUCAACUCCAGGGUCCUUGUGGAUCAGACCACAGGUUUGUCCAGAGGGGUUGCGUUUAUCCGGUUUGACAAACGGUCGGAAGCAGAAGAGGCAAUUACCAGUUUCAAUGGUCAUAAACCCCCAGGUUCCUCUGAGCCCAUCACAGUGAAGUUUGCAGCCAAUCCCAACCAGAACAAAAACAUGGCUCUCCUCUCGCAGCUGUACCACUCGCCUGCUAGGCGGUUUGGAGGCCCUGUGCACCACCAGGCACAGAGAUUCAGGUUCUCCCCUAUGGGUGUAGAUCACAUGAGUGGGAUUUCUGGUGUCAAUGUCCCCGGCAAUGCUUCCUCGGGCUGGUGCAUCUUCAUCUACAACCUUGGGCAAGACGCUGAUGAGGGGAUCCUCUGGCAGAUGUUUGGCCCCUUUGGUGCAGUCACCAAUGUGAAAGUGAUUCGUGAUUUCAACACCAACAAAUGCAAAGGGUUUGGUUUUGUGACCAUGACAAACUAUGAAGAAGCUGCAAUGGCCAUAGCAAGUCUGAAUGGCUACCGCCUGGGGGACAAAAUUUUACAGGUUUCCUUCAAAACCAACAAGUCCCACAAAUAACUCGCUCAUGCUUUUCUUUUUUUCUUUUCUUUUUUCUUUUUUUUGUACGGAAUAGAUAAUUAAGAGUGAAGAAGUUGAAACUUUUUUGUUAGUGUACAACUCAUUUUGCGCCAAUUUUCACAAGUGUUUGUCUUAGUCUAAAUGAGAAGUGCAAAAGGUUUUUAUACUCUGGGAUGCAACCAACAUGUUCAAAUGCUUGAAAUCCCACAAAUGUUAGACCAAUUUUAAGUUUAUUAAGUUAUUUCCUUUAAAGUAUAUAUUAAACCGAAACCUAAAUAGACUGCAUUGACUAACCAGUCCCUCUGGAUGGUGGUGGAACUGAAGCAUGCUUUAACUUCUAAGACUGUCUAACACCUAUUUCAUUGGAUGUCUCCACAGACCAGAUUUAAAACAAAACAAAAAUCUUUUUUUUUUUUUUUCCUUCUUAGUUUUUAACCUAAAAAUGUUAGACAGAUGGAGAAUGUGUUUUCUCAACUGUUUCACCAUUUUAAGCAAUUUCUGCUUUAGUUGACAGGAAAUCUGCCCUUCCCAGCAGGUCCCACUGCUGCCUCCUUCACACUCAGUCCUGGCUCUGUGGUGUUGGGAGCAGCAGCAGAGUCCGUACUCUGUGGGGCCUUCACCAGGGAGGGGUGGGUUCCACAUGUUGGGCUGGACCAGGCCCUCCAGAGGACACAAAGGUGUUUUAUAAGCCCAGGCACCAAUGAGAACGGACCAAAGAGUUUCAGGGCAGCUCCAGUAUAUUCCAGAGUCAGACCUGAGCUCCGGGCAUGCCUGAAGAUGUCCAACUCCUCUGACAUCCUGAGUGUCUGUCCACACAUUGCAUGCAUGGUGCCACACAUCAGAUACUGUUGUUCAUGCAACCUCUCGAGUUUCCAAGACCAUUUAACCCAGCUUGAAUGCACAGUGAUAGCUGUUUUUAAUGACACAGAAACAUUUGAGCAUUGUAUUUUUCGCAUCCCUCCUUGUGAGCACUAGACUUUUUCCAAUCUUAGUCAGAUUUUUGUUUUGAAACUUUGCUUUUGUAUGGACACUCAGCAGAAAAGUACUUCUUGCCAGUUAUCUAUUAACAAAAACCUUUGAUUUGUAGUUUUAAGGAUUAACCCUCAAAGUUCUCUUCAUAACUGCCUUGACGUUUGGGGUUCUGUUCUGUUAAUUUUCUUUUGCUUUUUUGUGUUUUUUGUUUGUUUUUACUUUUGCAUUUAAGACCAUUAAAUUUGAUUUUGUUUUGCUCGA